AUUUCUUGCCCUUUCGAAUCUUUUAUGCCAACCUCGUGUGUACAUUUGUUUCUGUAACUUUGUACUGCGUGUGGGUUGGCUUAUGUGAUGUGUUUGUGUGCGUCUGUUUUUGUUUGGUCAGCUCAAAUAUAACCGAUAAAUUUUACUGCUUUUUUUGCUGUGUCUUUAGGCUCUCAGUUGACUAUUUCUCUCUGUGCCACCGCUUAGUAUUUAGUCUCAAUGUUGGUUCUUUUGAUUUGCAUGCUGUUUUUCUAAUCUGAGUUUGAAUUCUUUUUGUGUUCUUUCGGUUAAAAAUGAAGGCUUUUUAGUUUGUGGUGUCUGAGUUUGUGGAUUAUUGAAUGAAAAGGUUGGUUUUUUAGGCAGGGUGGUGUCUUUAGAUAUGGCGGUUUAUUGAUUGAUUAAUUUUUUAUGCAAUUUGAGUUUGUUUAUUCUGGGUGGGUUUUGAUUAUUACUAUUGUUUGAAGUUGAUGUUUGGCGCAAUGUGGUGCUCUAGUGGCGUGAGAAUUGAGUUUUAGGAUUUCGGGAAGAUGGGAUUAGGUCCUCAUGCUAUUCAUUUGGGGACUUUUCGUAAAUCAAAGAACAAAAAGAAGAAAGGUGAUGAACCCGGGGAGCUUGGUUCACGGUGUUGGUUUAAGUUUAGGUUUACGGGAAACUGCUUGUCUUCCAGGUCCAAAAGGGGUAGUUCCAUUAGUGGCACUAGCACUCCUUGUGCGGAAAUUAAAUCUACAAAUGAGAACAGUCGAGACCAACCAGUUGUUCCAGUGGUAUCGUCUUCAACUACAACUGCAAGCAACACCUUCAGUACUACAUCCACUCCCAACAGACGUGAAGAACUGAAAAUUUCUUCUCAGCUUCGGAAAUUCUCUUACAAUGAGCUUAAGUCAGCAGCGCGGAAUUUUAGACCAGAGAGUCUUCUUGGUGAGGGUGGGUUUGGUCGUGUAUAUAAAGGCUGGAUCAAUGAAAGUGGAAUGUCUCUAGUGAAACCUGGCACGGGUAUGCCUGUGGCUGUAAAAACCCUCAACCGUGACGGACUUCAGGGUCAUAAAGAAUGGCUUGCUGAAGUUAGUUUUCUUGGUGAGCUCCUCCAUCCAAAUCUGGUUAAGUUAAUUGGUUGUUGCAUUGAGGAUGAGCAGAGGCUACUUGUGUAUGAGUUUAUGCCUCGAGGAAGCUUGGACAAUCACCUGUUUAGAAGGUCUCUGCCUCUUCCUUGGUCUGUUAGAAUGAAAAUUGCACUUGGUGCUGCAAAGGGCCUUGCCUUUCUUCAUGAAGAAGCUGAAAAGCCAGUGAUAUAUCGAGACUUCAAGACCUCCAAUAUCCUAUUAGAUGGGGACUACAAUGCCAAGCUUUCUGAUUUUGGACUUGCCAAAGUUGGUCCUGAGGGAGAUAAGACUCAUGUAUCUACCCGAGUAAUGGGAACUUAUGGUUAUGCGGCCCCUGAGUAUGUUAUGACAGGGCAUCUUACAUCAAAGAGCGAUGUCUAUAGCUUUGGUGUGGUUUUUCUUGAACUGUUGACUGGCCGAAGAUCAAUGGACAAAAACCGACCCAAUGGUGAGCAUAACCUAGUUGAAUGGGCAAGACCAUAUCUUGUAGAUAGGAGAAGGUUUUACCGGCUAAUGGAUCCCCGCCUUGAAGGAUACUUCUCGAUCAAAGGUGCUCAGAAAGCAAUCCAGUUGGCUACCCGCUGCCUCAGCCGACACCCUAAAGCUAGACCUAUUAUGAGUGAAGUGGUUGAAACCCUUGAGCCACUGCCUUACCUGACAGACAUGGCCUCUUCUUCAUACUUCCAAGCAAUGCAGAUGGAGCGUGCAGGGUCCAACUCUAAUGCGAAGCAGGGAACUAGAGUGCAGGCAAACAUAUCAAUGAAUGCACAACCGAUGAGAAGAGCCUCCACAGCAAAUGGUCCACAAGCCUCACCGCAUCAUGGCAACAAUCCUAACUGGUCACUCAAGCCUAGUAACAAUCCUCACUUGUCACCAAAUAAGGCUAAUGUCAAUCCUGGUAACAAUCCUGAAUGGUCACUGAAUCUUAAUGCUAAUCAACCAUAACUGUUAGUUUAGAUCAGGCUAAAAUGUCAAGCAUCAAGGACAAAGAGUUAUGUUAUCCCUUACAUCAUUUUGUUACAGUAGAAGUCUCUGGUCAGAAAUUGGGAUAGUUUUAAACAUGAACAGAAAUUAACCAAGGAUAAUUCUUGGUCUUCUGUUGUGUUAAAGUAUAGAUUCCUGCUCUA